GAAGUACCUGUCGUUCGCUGGUGCAGAUCUGAGCGUGCAGAUCUGUGUACCAGCGUCGCCAUGCAGUGCAGAUCUGGUGGUCUUGUAGUUGUUUGGGACGAAGUAUGCAUGUGCGCGUGGAACUAGGCGUAGCACACUAUCGUCACAUGCAACGUGCAGAAAGCUCACAGUGGAUCAGUCCACCGUGCUUCGGCAAUUACAAAUAUAUGGCAUCUGUCCCGCUGUGGGUAUGUGCCAUAACUCCGCAGAAGAAGGAGGCCGUGAUGCCGCCAUAGUCCUAGCAUAGGCAGCAACCGUUUCGCAAGCAUGAACCCGUCCACACCCGACGACGCCCUCAGCGACUGCUACCCGAUGGGGAAACGGGAGAAGCGCGAUUCCGUGCACGAGAGCGCCCAGGAGAGCGGCACCCACGCGUCCGCUACGAGCCGCUCGCGGAUCCGCAAGAAGAAGCCGCGGACCAGGCGACGCUCCAAGAAGAAGCCGAGGACGCGAGACUCCGAGCGGCCUGAGGCGGCGAGCACAAGCCUUCUGUCGCCCGCAAGCGAACAGGAGUUCACGCUCACUCACGAAUCUACGCGCUUGAAAGCGGGAGACGAAAAGUCUCUGCCCCCGGCGGACGACAUUCCGCCAGCUUCGGAGACCACUGCUGCUCCGCCGACUGCCGUUGAUGUCAGCGUACCGGUCAUUGAGGCCGUCGCCGCACUCAGGCCUCCUGAGCCGGCAUCUACCUCGGAAAAACCCUGCGAAGAAAAUAAAGAAGAGGAUUUAGGAGAGCGCCGCCGCGUGUCGAUCAGCGGAGGAGAAAAAAGACGAGACAAGGAACUGAUCCCAAGCCCUCUGGAGAGCGCGGAGCCAGCGCCGUUACUCAUCGAGGCACAGACAGGAACCACGCGGAAGUCCUCAGUACACUUUGGGAAAAUGCUGCGCCGCGAGCUUCCGGUCCCCACCUCGAUAGCCGACUUGACGAUCAGGUCGCCCGCGUUCUGCGCCAGCGUGUUCGUGCUCGUCAGCCUAGCCAGCGUGCUGCUCCUGUUCACCCUCUUCAUGCCCGCGCUUAAGAAACUCACCAACCGCUGCUCGACCGCUGACUGCAGGCGAGCGACGGAAGAGCUUGAAUCGCUCAUGGACGCCGAGGUGGAACCGUGCUCAGACUUUUACCACCACGUGUGCAACAAGUGGCUCGCCAGACACGCAGAUGGCGUGGAUCUCGCCCAUGCCACGCUCUCGGAUGGUCUCAAAAAUGCGCAACGGUUGCUCCUGGAACGAGAUCGCGAAACAAAUAAUAAUCAGUACGGCCUUUCUGCAACUUCCCAGCUUGUCGCUGUGUUCGUGCCCUGCCUCGCAUUUCUGACGUCAUCGGCUGACAUCGUAGACAGGAACCUGGUCCAGACAGCCCGCAGCAACGUAGAUGUGCUGAUGUUGAGAACUGUGAAUGAAGCUUUGCAGAGAGUUGUUCAACUAUCUCUGCUCAGAGGAAUCUCCACCUUAUUCCACGUGAGCGUUGUGCGACAUAACGGUGAAAAUGCAACUUUGUACUUGUCUCAAGCGGUGCCGCUAACCGAGAAGCUAAAGGAGACGACGUAUAGCGCCACUCUGCCACAGUUCUUGGAAGAAAUCUUGAACUCUGCUUCUCAGGCCCUGCCCGAUGCUAUUACGGGCGACGUCAGUGCCACAGCCUCGCGUUUAAUUGAAUUCGAUAAGGCUGUGUACGCCAUUGAGCCUGAAGGUUUGCGUGUGAAAAUGGUGGCUGUUUCGAACCGUUUGGCUGAGCUGGCUGGAGGCGGCGACUUCGUUCAUCUCGUUAACUCGUUGUUGCCCGAAACUUGGAAGCUUAGUGACAAUUCUCCGGUAUUUUGCAGCGGGCUUCACUCCAUCGAGGCAGCGCUUGACUCUUUUCGAGGGCAGUACAAACUGGGACUGCUCUACAUCUUUGUGCACGUCCUUGUGGAGAUCGGGCAGUUCUACUAUACCAAGCAGCUGCUCCACAAGAAGCUCACAGAUGCGAAGAAGACCUGUCUCGAAGCAAGCAGAGAUGUCAUGUCACCGCGGUUGUGGUCUACAGCUUUCAGCGCCCUUACAACUGGCGGGAGCGCGGCAGAGCGGGUCGUGGACAUGUUCGACCGCAUCCGCGGGCUGUCGUCACUCCUGCCGCUGCUUUCCGGCAUGAACGAGGAACAAAAGCGACACGCGUUGUCUUCGCUGUCAAGCGUGCAGCUACUGCACCUCAACGUCUCGUCAUACACGCCUUUUAAUGACUCGCACAGCGUGAGCGUUGACUCCGUGAACAUCUCUGCAAAUUUCGAAAUUGAGUACCAGCCUCUCAAAAGACUCGAGGCAUCGCGGCGUUUGGCUGAACCACCUUAUAUCGAAGACGUUCUUCAGAACCGCUAUGCGAUCAGGAGCGACGCCACCUACCUUCGCCUGCUGAACGCGGUGGUAUUUCCUGCGGCACUCGGGCGCCCUCCGUUCGUGUACUCGGGCCAAGUACCCGUCGAGUUCGACCUGGCCACAGCGGGCACAGUGCUGGCGAGAAGCGUGUUCCAGGCCGGCGUGCCGUCGGCUCGAAGUGCUGUCGCCUGGCGCACGGAGAACGCGGCGCACUUCGUGCACUGCGCAGAGCACGCCUCGCACCUGCACGGCCCCUUCAGAGAGCUGACGCCAAGUCAGGCGCUGGAUCUGUUCGCGUGGACGCGGUCGCUCAAGGUCGCGCACGGGCUAAUGAUAGACCACUACGAGGCGCUCCGGAACACUACGAUGUCCGAGUAUGACCGGGACCUGGCGCAACGGACGUUUUUCCGGAGGUUCUGCUUGUCCACCUGCAACGCCGUCGGCAAUAAUGACAGUGGCGUUAACGCGAGAUUACGCUGCCUGCUUCCCAUAUUAAGCAUGCCGGAAUUCUUUAGUUCCUUCAGCUGUGCUUUUCCGGAGGCUGAAAACUUACGACGUUGUCUUAAUUUUGAACAUCACUUGCAUUUAUAGCACGCCCGAACGCACUAGUGCGCCAGUACGGUGUUUUUGUUCUGCACUGAGUACUCUAAGGCUGAACCAGGAAUGACGGGUUCACGGCACAUUGCUGACUUCAAACUAUUUGUUUUGUUUACCUGCAUUGUUCCAAGGCAAGGCUUAGGCUUAUAAGUUUCGCCUCUACUACGUGCCAUUUGUUGACACGCGUAGUUAUGCGCUAUAGCCUCAAGACAAAGAAACGAUAACAAUGGCUGAACGCACGCCCGAACGCGCUUGCUUGCUGGCUUGCAGCUGCUUUGCAGCAUAGCUCGGCCCCCCAGCACAGCAGCACGAUGCUCUACCCAUAGGUCGCAAUAACUUUUUUUCAUGGCAUCUUAUGCAUAAAAAUUUACGUGCAUAAAG